UGUUGUUUGCCCUACUGGACAUAAUAAGAUACGUUCCGGAAUCCCGGCGCGUCUUAACUCCUUAUUUGAGUGCUUUCUCAUCGUAGGCGGUGGCCGUGGGAGUCGUGGGACUUGUAGAAUAUUACUCCUACUCCGUAUUGAGUAUGGACUAACCAAAACCCGACUCUACUUCUUCUGGAACUUUCUCUGUAAUAUUAAUAAGCAUUCUUCUUCUGCAUGUAUUUAGUAAUCUGCAAAACUCGAUCAUACGAAGCAGUUAUUUUCUGGGAAAUUCAACUCCUUCUGUGAUAAUUUUAGUUGCUUUCCUCAAUGUCUCAGAAACCUAUGAAUGUUUGCCAGACUUGUGGUAGCAAAGGAUUCUCGAAUCUUCUAAUUCAUUGUGUUCAAUGCCAGAUUAUUGCAGCUCAUCGGUAUUGUUUAGACGGUCCUCCCAUUAUGGACGAUGAUGAGAUUAAUUGGUCCUGUGAAGACUGUGCUCCCAGAAUGGACGAACCUGCUCCAGCAUUUAGGAAGAGUCAACGUAACUAUUCAAGAGUAGAUCGAGAGGCGUUACGAAGAAAAUCUCGAAAAAAUCGGAGAUACAAUUUGAGUAUGUCAAAAGUCGAACAAUCAAAUUGUGUGGGGAAAGGAGCUAAUAAGACAGCAAACGACGCAUCUACCUUGGAUGAAAAGAAAAAGGUAUUUGUUGAAAGUAAACAAGGAAAGUUGAAAAAAGAUAGAAGUGCUUCUAAGAUGGGAGGUUCUGAACCAGCUCCUCUGUUAAGGCAGAACAAAAAGGUUUUGAACUCUGAUGAUGAUGUGAAGAAGGAUAGUUCAGGACAAAAGAUCAAGGACUUAUACUCCAUGUGUGUUGAUGGUGAAGAUCUACAGAAAGAUCUUAAAAAGAAUUCUGGUCCACCGCUAUCUAAGGAAUCGAAUCACAGUUUGGAAAGAACUUGUAAAGUUGAUGAGAUAAGUUUAGAUUCUGUCGCAGAAAACUGCCAUAAACGUGUGCAGUCUUCCUCUGGAACUCAUUCAAGUAUCCUAGAGGAUCAGCAAAGAAUUGGGAAUUCUCAAGCCACCAACCAGCCAGAUGGUGCAGAAGAGAAAACUUCUGACAAUAUUGAGGAAACAAAAGCUUCGUCUGUUUCUCAUCAAAGGGGUGAUAAGAAAUCAGGUUACAAUAUCUGUGAAUAUCAAACCCGUAAGAAGAAGAGGAAGUUUGUUAUUGCUAUGGAAUAUUCUGAUUCCGAUGAAGAACCAGUUGUUAGGACUAAGCAUCCCCAGAUUAUACCUGAUGUUGGAGAUGUUUUCAUCCAUAUGCGCGAUGAGCCUCAUGUGAUGACAACAGGUGAUCAUGACCUUGUCCAACGGCGUUUCAUGAAGUCAGAUGAUCACUCUCCUAUUCAAUCAUACGCUAAUCACACCAUAGGUUUUGACAAUCGUGUCAUCUCUCCACAUCCAUACUUAAUGUCUGAUAAACAGGUCCCUGUCCAGCCAAUAAUGAAUGCAGUAUGGAGGGGAUGUUGUACCAUCAGUGAUGAUGAUUGUUCUCUGUCUUUUAAACUCGAGGCUCAUUUGUCAAACAAAGCUCAUGAAAAAGUUUCCGGUGCUGCAAGCGCAUUGCCAAACUCUCUUUGCUUUGAAAUUUGGCAAAAGGAUGAUGCAUGGCCUAAUAGUUUUGAGAAGUCACCUCCCACGAGUGAAACAAUUGGUCUUUAUUUCUUUCCAGUGGAUGAAAGAGAUGAGAAGAGGUAUGAGAUUCUGCUUGACGAGAUGAUUGAGGAUGAAAUCGUGCUGAAAUCUCGCAUCAACAAUUUGGAGCUUUUGGUUUUUUGUUCACUGGAACUACCUCGAGAAGAUAGGAGAUUUCGAGGCAAGUAUUUUCUGUGGGGUGUCUUUAAGCAAAAGCAAGAAAUGCCCUUGACAAGCAGGCCGCCUAUUAUGUACCACAACAAGGAUUUGGGCAUUGCUGGAGAAGGAGGAGCUCAACGUCUCCUCCAACUGUAGAUAAAUGCUCCGGCCAUUAACUCUAAAACAUUCUCAUUAUAAUCACAAAGUCGGGAAAGCACAUUGUUGAAUUGAAACUAUAAUCUAAUUCAGCAUCUAAUACAGACGAGCAAGGUUGCCGUAACCACCUGUGACAUUGAUCAUCUGUUAGGGAGAAAUGAUCAUUGAACUUCUGAAAGCCUCAAGGUGACGUACGUGAUAUCAGAGAUGCUAACUUUGAAAAUGUUUCCAACUUAUUCAGAAGAAUAUCUGAAAUCAGACAGGGGAAGCCGCAAGCCUAAGAAAAAGUGUAAAGACUAAAGAGUGUCCUAUUAGGCAGCUAAGUCAUACACAGUUCAUAGUUUGUACAGGUGUGUAAAGAAUUUCAGCUAAUAAUUUCGGUUUCUUCACCAGAAUUUCUGGUGUUCUUGAGGUUCAACCUCUUUCUA